UCAUAUUUUCUUCUUUCAAGCAAGUAGUGUGUGUGUGUGUGUGUGUGUGUGUCGCUGUUAGCAUGCAAGCGCCGAUGGAGUCCCACUGAAAAGAUUCCCUUUGCCAUUCAAGGUUAUCUCCGAACAAUGACUUCCCCGAGACAACCCGCCAGUAGUCACGAGCUGAAGGAGUUUGACAGCGUAAAGGAGUCAAUCACGGACAUCAUUAACCAACUGCAGGACAUUGAUCCCAGCCGCCUCUCCUUCUCUCCGUUCUUGGACCUGGACACCCAGAUCACGCUGGCACCCAUCUCCGACAGCCCAGAGUCAUCCGUGGAAGAGCUGCACUCGUUAUCUGAUGAAAACAUCGACCACCUAACGGACCCAGCUCCAAAGGGCAAGAGGCUUCAGUUCAAUGAGGCCCACCAGAAGCUCGCCAAGCAGCAGAGUGCGCCGAGCGAUGGCCGCUUGAGUCUGAUCAAGGCGGAGCUGGUGAGGAAUCACAGCUUCCCCUACACUGAGGCGAAACGCAAGCGAGUGGACAAUGUGUCGGUGGACAUCACCAGGGAGACGUCGGGCUUGCCCGGUGAGAAGGCGUCACUGCCGAGCCAAGCCUCGACCGUUCCCCAGCAGAAGGUCAACGCCAAGGUCGGGGCAGAGAACGCUGACGUCCCGGAGAAGAGCCACAACUUCACCAGCCAGGGUUCGGAGGACCAGCCGCUGCUCGGCUCGUCGGCCGACGGCGAGACCAUCGAUCUGAUUUCCAGCGACACCGAGCGCAACCCGUGUGGGGAGUCUUCGCAGAAGGAGCCGGGGGCCGGGGGAGACGGGGGCCGGAGAUGCUGCUCCUGUUGCCACUGCUGCUCUGCACCGCAUGUGAAAGCCAUCUCCUCCGUCUUUGUGGCUCUGCUCUUUAUACCGUGGAUCCUCUACGGCCUCUACGUCUUUGUGCCCUUUGAACCCCCGCCCUGUCCGGACCUCACCAGCAGAAUGACCUAUACCCUGCGAUGCAACAUCAUUGCCAUCACUCCAGUCUUACUCGGUGUUGUGGUCGGGUCCCUGUCCCGGCUAUGCUCCACUGCAAUCGAUCCCUUGGACACUAACGUUCGUGCUGUUCUUAUUCAUCAGAGAUACGUUGGCAACUCCAUUGAACAGUUUAUAAUCUACUUUAUCAACAUGGCUGUGAUGGCGACCUAUCUACAUCAGGAGCACAUGAAGAUUAUUCCCAUCUUAUCGGGGCUCUUUGCAGUGGCAAGACUGCUGUACUGGAUCACGGCUGGAUUGAGCAGCGCCUACCGUGGAUUUGGAUUUGGGCUGACGUUUUUCCCAACCUUGGCGAUGCUAGCCUACAAUUGCUACUGCAUGUAUGAGCUAGGAUUAGACCACUACUUCAUCCCAGCUGAGAAUGGAGGACCCACACGAGCUCCCGCACCAAGACUGAGGUGGUGGGGCCUUGGGGGUUGAAUGAUCCAAUGCGAACAAUCUACACAUGGUCCUGGUGCAUUAAAUGAUCACAUUGUGUGAAUAUGGCCAUACCGAGAACAUUGAAGAAAGGCAACGCUAUUAGCUUUUGUCAUCGGAGCACUGGACUCAAAUAGGUUGCUGCCUCGUGACUAUCUUAACAAGAAAACUUACCUGGAAUUUGGACUCUCUAUAUGUGCUUUUAGCUGAGAAUAACAAACAAUUGAUCCGUGUGUGUACAUGUUUUGUGCAUCUAGACAUAACACUAAUAUCCUCUUCUGUAUAAUGCAGUUCAAGUUUGUACAGAUGUCCUGAACAUCCUACACCAACCAUAGUUGGAGCCCACUUCAAUAUGUCAGGAAAUCUAUGACUAUCAAUGCAGCUGGUAGAGCUGCUGUACCACAGCGGGUUCGAUCCUGACAACGGGUGCUGUCUGUACGGAGUUUGUGCGUUCAUCCUGUGACCUCCAGGUGCUCCGAUUUCGUCCCAUAUCCAAGAGACAUGCGUUUUUUGGUAGAUUAAUUAGUCUCUGUAAAUUGCCUCUUAACGUGUAGAGAGUGGAUGGGAGUGUCGGCAACGUGGAGCUAACGUGUGUACAGGUGAAUCGGUGGUCGGCGCGACUUUGUGGGCCAAAGGGCCUGUAUCCAGGCUGAGCACCUCUUAAAAAAGCACCAUCAAAAAAGAAAA